GAAAAUCAUUUGUCUGAUAUACACAUACAUACCCUAAGAGUAUGUAGAACAGUAUAAACAACCUAGAAUCAGGCCUCCCGAAGGCUAUCUGUGACGACACAAUUCUAUUGAUUGGCUAGAACAGGGAGGUAGAGGAAAGUAAGCCUGAAGGAAGGAAGGAAGGUUAAGGUAACCGAGUAUCGCUCUGGCUGUGGCUAGUUCUGGGCAAAAGAUGAGCGAUACCAAAGACGAAGCUCUAAAAUGGAAAUGUGAAAUAUGCACCUAUGAGAAUUAUCCAUCCUCACUAAAAUGCACCAUGUGCCAGGCCUCCAAACCAUUGCUUAACGAGGAUAUAUUUCGGCUCAGUCCAUCAUCGCAACAGGAUAUCAACAGCAGCAACAACUACAACUCAGAAGAGGCGGCAGCUGGUCUGGCCGCCGUUGAACCCACAUCCACAUGCUAUGCUCAAUCCCAGGCGCGACAGACCAAUCUUACUAUCGAUGGGGAGAAAUGGGCCUGCAGGGUAUGCACUUAUCUGAAUUGGCCUCGCAGUUUGCGGUGUGUACAAUGUUAUACCAAACGUGGCGGAGCAGCCAUAGAACUGGAUAAUGAUAAUGAAGCGGAUAAGGAGGAUGGCAGCGUUAGUGUAGCUGGACAAGCAUUGCAAGCGCUGCGCAUUAGUGGAUCGGAUACGGAUCUUGGCUGCCGCCGAUCAAUUGACGCAACCGAUGGCCGACAGCAGCAUCUUCAACUGAUUAGCGGAGGAGGUGGUGCCACAGCCUCCAAUCGCUUAAGUCCAAGUCCAAGCGUUGACGAUUCAACGCAUCUCAACAAUCUGGCCAAUACCAACUCUCUCAAUCAGCAUCAACAAUCACAACAACAACAACAGCAGCAGCGGGAAUCCUCAACGUCCGUCUCGCUGCAGCAAAAACAUUGCUUUGUGGCCAAAUGGGCCUGUAAUUCCUGCACCUAUGAAAACUGGCCCAAAAGCCUCAAGUGUUCCAUGUGUGGUAAAACGAAGGAACGAGAUAGCGGUGGAUCUGGUUCGCAAAUCGAUUUACAUGCCGGUGGUGCUAGCCUAAUCGAAGAUGAACAGCAACAAAAUACAAAUGACACAGUUAGCGUCAACAAUUCGUUUAAUAAGAAGCACAUUUACCAACUAGGUUCUUCGGAAACCAUCAACAACUGUGAUACGCUGCAGGAGCGCCAAGAGCGUCGCCAACGUCAGAUUAGACAAAAGGUCGAUUGGCAGUGGUUAAACGCUUGUCUGGGCGUUGUGGAUAACAAUUAUAGCGCCGUGGAGGCUUAUCUAUCGUGCGGUGGCAAUCCGGCCCGUUCGUUGACAAGCACUGAAAUUGCUGCCCUCAAUCGAAAUUCGGCCUUUGAUGUGGGGCACACGUUAAUCCAUCUGGCCAUACGUUUUCAUCGUGAAGAGAUGCUGCCCAUGCUGUUGGCUCAGAUUUCGGGCUCUGGUCCGGGCAUUAAACGUGUCCCGUCAUAUGUGGCACCUGAUUUAGCUGCGGACAUACGCCGUCACUUUGCCAAUACACUUCGCCUGCGCAAGACUGGCUUGGCAUGCCAUUAUGUCCAAAAGCAUGCCACAUUCGCCCUGCCCGCCGAAAUCGAGGAGCUGCCUAUACAAAUUCAAGACCAACUCUAUGAUGAGCUACUGGAUCGUGAUGCCCAAAAGCAGUUAGAGUCACCGCCGCCAGCUCUUAAUUGGUCACUGGAGAUAACAGCUCGUCUGAGCUCUCGUUUAUUGGUGCUGUGGAAUCGUAGUGCUGGAGAUUGCCUUCUGGAUUCGGCCAUGCAGGCCACCUGGGGUGUUUUCGAUCGUGACAAUAUUUUAAGGCGUGCUCUGGCCGACACUUUGCAUCAGUGUGGUCAUGUGUUCUUUACACGUUGGAAAGAGUAUGAAAUGCUACAAGCAUCAAUGCUUCAUUUUACGCUCGAGGAUUCACAAUGGGAGGAAGACUGGAGCACUCUUUUAUCAUUAGCCAGUCAACCGGGCUCAUCACUGGAGCAAUUACACAUCUUUGCGCUGGCCCACAUCCUUCGACGUCCUAUUAUUGUUUACGGAGUAAAAUAUGUAAAAAGCUUUCGUGGUGAAGAUAUUGGCUAUGCCCGGUUUGAGGGCGUCUAUCUACCUUUAUUUUGGGAUCAAAACUUUUGCACCAAAUCCCCCAUCGCUUUAGGGUAUACACGGGGACAUUUUAGCGCUCUAGUGCCAAUGGAGCCCUUUUCGCGCAUAGAUGGCCGACGUGAUGAUGCCGAGGAUAUGACCUAUCUGCCACUAAUGGACUGCGAGUUAAAACUCUUACCUAUUCAUUUUCUUACGCAAUCGGAGGUGGGCAACGAGGAGUCGAUAAUGCGUCAAUGGCUAGACGUUUGUGUAACAGAUGGCAAUUUGUUGGUGGCGCAACAAAAACUUGGCAAACGUCCACUCCUGGUAGCACAAAUGCUGGAGGAGUGGCUAAAUCAUUAUAGGCGUAUUGCGCAAGUCAUAACUGCUCCGUUUGUCCGCCGACCGCAGAUAACCCAUUAUUCCAGUGACGGUGACUCGGAUGAGGAGUAAAGUUAGCAUCACACGUCCACCAACACUACACCACAUCACAAACACACACACACACACCCACAGAGCUCAUAGUUGAAUUUCGCUUAGUUAAAAGAAAACAAAAACCGAUACACUUGCAGUUAGCUAAUGAAACCUAUAUAGAGACAACGUAUAUUCAAUUAUAUAUGUAUAUAGAAAGUAUAGAGGCAAUCUUAAACUCUAAUUAAAUUGAAAGGAACAGUUCGAUGCCAAGAAAGAAGUUACGAAAAUACAUUAAUAGCUACCGUAAAUCAUAUCCGUUUCCAACAUUCAACAUUCGUUGAUUUUAGUCAAAAUUAUUAUGGCAUUGCAGAACCAUUUAGAAAAGAACAAAGGGAAAUCAGCAUAUACUGUUAGAUAUAAUUACAAAACGCAUACACAUAGUAAGAAAGAAAAAAUACAAACAAACAGAACAAUCCAUUGAGUCAAUGAUCAAGGGCCGCCAGUCGACCGCUAUGCGAAAUUGAGAAUCGAGUUAAACCCACACACACACACAGACUACACAUCGUAAUUAAUGUGUAGUUUUGUACUAUGUUGAUAUAUAAAAAAGAAAUACCAAUCCUUAUGUAUAACUAUGUACGUUUAAAUUAUUCUAAAUCUCGAUGUACUAUUAAAUUUUAAACAAGUGAAAAAAGAAAACAACACAAUACAAAUGUGUGGGUGAAGUUAAAAGUUAUACAUAUAUAUACAUAUAAGCGUCAUUGAAAUGUUUAUUGAUAGUUUUUAAAACACUUUUUUGGAAUUAUUAUGAGAAUCAUUAUACACACACAUACACACUAUGCGUACAUACACAACCAUACACAUACACACGUAUAUUUAUACAAUUGUAUGUACAUUAUAUACUAAUUAGUUAGUAUAUUGGUAUGCAUAUGUAUGUGACUUAUAUAGAAAUCCUAUGGUUCCAAAAGUUGAACAAAGGGCCACUAAUAUUAUGAAUUUUAUUCUAACUGUAUUAUAAAUGGAAUUUUAUCUCAUUAUACCUUUUUGUUAGUAAUGUUAUUACAAAUUAUUAUAUAUUA